GAUUUGUUCUUGUUGACCACAAAAAACACAAAGUCUUGUAUCAGCAGUACUUAAUUCUGUCAGAGAUUACUUGUAUUUUAGAUCCAUGACUCCCCUUCUUUUGUUCACAUAUUGUCAUCAAUCUUAAACGCUUGCACAAAUAUCUAUGAAACCCUGCUCUCCUUCUUGAAAAGCUAUGCAUUUCCAGAAGAAACUAUGUUCUCAAGCCUUGCAUAUCUACAUACUUUGCUUUUUCAUCAGCACCUGCAGAAGCUUUGGAGCUGACACCAUAGCUGCAAACCAGACAAUCUCAGGGGACCAGACCAUUGUGUCAUCAGGUGAAAACUUCAAGCUUGGUUUCUUCAAACCAGGUAAAUCUUCUAAGUACUAUGUUGGUAUUUGGUACAAUAAAGUUUCUACUCAGACUGUAGCUUGGAUAGCUAAUAGAGAAAAGCAUGUUUCUGAUAAGUACUCUUCACAGUUGAGGAUUGAGAAUGGUAAUUUAGUACUUGUUGAUGAGUCUAAGAAUGUUGUUUGGUCCACAAAUGUGAGUUCUAGUGGUUCUAAUUUGGAAGCUGUGCUUCUUGAUGAUGGGAAUUUGGUUUUGAGAGAUGGGAGAAAAGGUGUAUUUUGGCAAAGUAUAGAUGAUCCAUCACACACAUGGUUGCCUGGUGGUAAAAUUGCGUAUGAUAAGCGGACGGAUGAGAAACAGCUUUUAACUUCUUGGAAAAAUAAGGAUGAUCCCUCACCUGGGUUGUUUUCGUUAGAGCUUGAUCCGGAGGGGAAUCAGUAUAUUAUUAAGUGGAAUAGGUCGAUACAAUAUUGGACUAGUGGACCUUGGAAUGGGCAGAUUUUUAGUUUGGUACCUGAAAUGAGAGCGAACUACAUAUAUAAUUUUAGCUAUGUUAAUAAUGCGAGUGAGGCUUACUUUACUUAUGAUCUUUAUGAUAAUAAUACUAUAUCAAGAUUUAUUAUGGAUUAUUCUGGUCAAGUUAAGCAACUCACAUGGCUGGAGCCUUCUAAGCAGUGGAACUUGUUUUGGUCUCAACCAAGACAACAGUGUGAAGUUUAUGCGUUUUGUGGGGCUUAUGGUGCUUGUCAGAAUUCGUUGCCGUUUUGUAAUUGUUUGCCUGGUUUCAAAGAAAGGUUUGGAGAUGAUUGGAAUUUGAAUGAUUACUCGGGUGGAUGUGAGAGGCAAAUGGAAUUGAAUUGUGGAAAUACUGGCACAACUGAUAAGAAAAAGGAUAAGUUUCUAAUGCAGCCUAAUAUGGGGUGGACGAGCACUACUCCUAAUUCGGCAUUGCCUGCAAAUGCUAAACCACAGACUGUGGCUGCUAGAAGUGAUAAGGAAUGUGAAUCCACCUGUUUGAGUAAUUGUUCUUGCACGGCUUAUACGUUUGACAAUGAUAAGUGUUUAAUUUGGACGGGGGACAUCAUGAACUUGCAACAGCUUCCUGCAAAUGAUAAUAAUGGGAAAGCCAUUUAUAUUAGACUCUCUUCACAAGCGCCGGAGUUCUCUGGUGGUAAAAAUAAUAAGGGGGUUGUCAUUGGUGCAGUUGUUGGUGCAGUAAUAGUGAUAUUCCUUGUAGGUCUUGUUUUGUUUGUGCUUAUUAGGCGGAGAAGAUUUUCUGGAACUAGUAAGGCUGAGGGCGCUCUGAUGGCAUAUGUUUACAGAGAUUUGCAAAGUGCAACGAAGAAUUUCUCGGAGAAGUUGGGGGGAGGAGGGUUUGGUUCUGUAUUUAAGGGAACAUUGCCCGAUUCAACUGUAAUAGCUGUGAAGAAGCUGGAAGGGAUCAGCCAAGGAGAGAAACAAUUUCGAACAGAAGUCAGCACAAUUGGGACCAUUCAGCAUGUGAAUCUUGUUCGUCUUCGUGGCUUUUGCUCGGAAGGGAAUAAGAAGUUGUUAGUAUAUGAUUACAUGCCAAAUGGCUCUCUGGAUUCCCAACUCUUCUAUGACAAGAGAGACAAAGUAAUGGACUGGAAAACGCGAUACCAAAUUGCCCUGGGGACAGCCAGGGGGUUGGUUUAUCUCCAUGAGAAAUGCAGGGAGUGCAUCAUACAUUGUGAUAUAAAGCCAGAAAACAUCCUUCUAGAUGCAGAGUUCUGUCCGAAAGUGGCAGAUUUUGGUUUAGCAAAGCUGGUUGGGCACGAUUUUAGUAGGGUUUUGACAACCAUGAGAGGGACAAGAGGAUACCUUGCACCAGAAUGGUUAUCAGGAGUCGCUGUGACAGCAAAGGCCGAUGUCUACAGCUAUGGAAUGAUGGUAUUUGAAUUUGUAUCAGGAAGGCGAAACACAGAGCAGUAUGCAGAUGGAAAAGUGACAUUCUUCCCGUCUUGGGCUGCAAGUGUAACAAUCGAUGGAGGUGACAUUCUUAGUCUAUUGGACCCCAAGUUGGACAGAAAUGCUGAUGUGGAAGAAGUAACAAAAUUAUGUCGAGUUGCUUGCUGGUGUAUUCAGGAUGAUGAGAGCAUAAGGCCGUCUAUGAGUCAAAUAGUUCAAAUUCUUGAAGGCGUUUCAGAGGUGAAUGUGCCACCAAACCCGAGAAAUCUCCAAGUUUUUAUUGAUAACGAGGAGGAGGUAGUUUUCUUCACCGAGUCGUCCUCAACUCAGUCUUCCCAAACAAAGAGCAAUCACUCAACAACUUCAUCUCAGGCAAAGAGCACAUCCGCAGAAAGUUCGAAUGUUUGAAAAAACAGCUGCUUCUGUAUCUGGUUCUGCUGUGGCUUGUAAAUUCACCACAGCCUUUUACUUCAGUUUGGCUUAGUAUAAGAGCCUGAUAUAUCAUGCUGUAUAGUCUAGUAUGUGGGAAUAACUUAUUAAAGAGUUAAAUGCAUAAUGUGUACCUGAACUAUGCGUCUUGUGCAUACUGUGUACCUCAACUAUCAAUUUGACAUUUUGUGUACCUCAUGUUAAUGA